GGGAAGGCCCAGUGACUAGAACUAGGCGCUGAACGAAAAUAGAAAAGGGUGAGCCUGACAGGAGAGGAAAGAUAAAGCAAGAGUGAGAAAUAGACAGGGGGGCAGGACCAAAGAAGGAGGAUGUGGGACUGAGGGUUUGCAGAGCUGCAAAGCUGUGUGUGACGUUGUGCCGAACAGCAUUAUCAGCAGAGGAUCCUGGCUGGGAGGAGACCUGGCAGAGUCAGAGGAGGGGGCUGCAGCCCCAGGACGGAUGGGUGGUUGUGCUCAAGGUUGGCUGGCUAGACUCUGCUCCUCUGUUGCCGUCCUGGGAGGCUGAAGCUGAAGAUACCCGGACUGUGGCGAGGGUGGAAUUUCCCUCCUCUUGCCUGGGGUCCCCCCAGCUCAGUCCAGCAUGACCCCCUCGCCCCGCCUUCUAGCCCACCAGCAGUAGCUAGAGCAGAGGAGCAAUUGAUUUCUGUUCCCCUGCACAGGGUGUAUUGGGGAACUUCGCCUCCACCUGCGGAACUGCUCCAGAGGGGUGAGGGGCGCGCACGCCUCUCAUAGUCGGAUGAGGGAUUGGGAAGAGGGAGAAGGACAUGAAACCCAGUCCAGCCGUGACCGCGAAAGAACCGGAGCCACAGACGCCCCGGGGAGAGCAGCGGGCGGUGGAGCCCGAGGGGCGCUGGAGGGACAAGGGCGAGGCAGACACUGAGCGACAGCGCACCCGGGAACGGCUAGAGGCCACGCUGGCCGGUCUGGCGGAGCUGGAGUUCCUACGGCAGCGGCAAGAGCUGCUAGUCCGCAGUGUUCUCAGAAGUCCGGGGAUCGGAGCCGGGGCCGGAGCCGGGGGCGUGGCGCCGACUCGGGCUGGGGAGCUGCCGGCGCCGGGAGAAACCUCCCAGCGCAGUCGCUUGGAGGAGAAGUACUUGGAGGAGAACAUCUUGCUGCUGAGGCAGCAGUUGAACUGUUUGAGAAGGAGGGAUGCUGGUCUAUUAAACCAGUUGCAAGAACUAGACAAGCAGAUAAGUGAUUUAAGGUUGGAUGUUGAAAAAACAUCAGAAGAACACCUGGAGACAGAUAGCCGUCCUAGUUCAGGGUUUUAUGAGCUGAGUGAUGGGGCCUCGGGAUCACUUUCCAAUUCCUCUAAUUCCGUCUUCUGUGAGUGUUUAUCCAGUUGCCAUUCCAGCACCUGCUUUUGUAGCCCCUUGGAAACAUCCUUGAGUAUCUCAGAUGGACACCCCAAAUCUACAGAUCUCAUAGGAUGGUUGGAACACAAAGAAGGCCAAUAUGAAGACCAGGCAUCAGGUGAUGUUUGCCGUUCACUCACUAUACCACAGUCUAAUUCCCUUGAUGUCAUUGCAGAAGUGAAUCCGAAGUAUCAAUGUGAUUUGGUAUCUAAAAAUGGAAACGAUAUCUAUCGCUAUCCAAGCCCGCUUCAUGCUGUAGCUGUACAGAGCCCGAUGUUUCUUCUUUCCAUGACCAACAACCCCGUGAAAGAGGAGGAACAAAUUGGUAGCAGUGCUAAUGAGGCUUGCAUUGGCUCAGAACUAGAUUCUGUCAAAUCAGAUAAUUCUUCCCUUCCACAAAGCAACUCCACGUCAGUGUCCUAUCCCGCAUCCAAUAAGAAAAUAGAUGGUUAUAUCUUGAGUCUAGUGCAGAAAAAAACACAUCCUGUUAGGACUAAUAAGCUGCGGACAAGCGUGAAUGCUGACCCCACGAAGGGUAUUCUGAGGCACGGGAGCGUUUGUGUCAGAGCGACUGGCGGAGUUACACACAGCAACAGUGUUAACCUUAAGAAUUCUAAACAAGCCUGUUUGCAUUCUGGUGGAACAACCUCUUUGGAGAAUGGCACUUUUCCCCCACUGAAGCAGUGGUUGAAAGAAUCAAAGGGAGAACAGCUGGAAAGCCGGAGGAUGCCUGUGACUGUGGGCUGCCUGCCAAAUGCAGCCACUGAGCAUCAAAGCAAGCACCUGCCAAAAAAUGUCAAGCCAGGCUCCCAGGAGUUUGCGUGGUGCCCCGUUUCUGGGGCAGGGGAUUCCCCUAAAGAAAGUGGUCAGCUCUUUACUGCCUCUCCGAAAGAGAGUCCUGGCCGAGACCCAGCUCUCCAACAGGAGAACAAAGUUGUACAGCCACUGAAAAAGAUGUCACAGAAAUCCAGCUCCCAGGCGGCUCUGCCCGCAAUUCCCCCUGCAGUGCCUCCUCCGCCCCUGCCUUCCUCCCAGCCUAUUGAAGAAAGACCCGCUUUAGAUUUCAAGAGCGAGGGCUCUUCUUCCCAGAGCUUGGAGGAUGGACUUCUGGUCAAUGCUCAGUUUAUUCCAGGGCAGCAGCAGAGUAGUAAGUUACAGAGAGCCAACAAAAACGUCCGAAUUCUGAAGAGCUCGACCCUGAAGCACAGAGCUCAUGGUCUUAAUGGCUUGGAAAGUGGCUUACCGACCGUGAGGGAAAAAAGCAGAGCUGUGAGCAAGAAGUGCCAUUUCCCUGAUGACUUGGAUACAAAUAAGAAAUUCAAAAAAGGCUCCUCUAGAGGGAAGAAGGGGGGAAACUCCCAGGCCGAGGCUGGUCUUUCCAGCAGGGUUACAGGGGGUCUCCACAGGCCUGUCACCAAGCUCCACGGACACGGACACGGAAGAGAAGCAGUCGUGGCCAAACCAAAACACAAGCGAACUGAUUAUCGGAGGUGGAAGUCAUCCGCUGAGAUUUCCUACGAAGAAGCCUUGAGAAGGGCAAGGAGAAAUCGCAGAGAACCUGUGGCAGUCUAUAACCAGGUUUCUCUUCCAUAUGUGAGCCCUUACGCUUAUGUAGCUAGUGACUCUGAGUAUUCUGCCGAGUGCGAGUCCUUGUUCCAUUCCACAGUGGUGGACACCAGUGAAGAUGAACAGAGCAACUAUACCACCAACUGCUUUGGGGACAGCGAGUCAAGCUUGAGUGAAGUGGAGUUUGUGGGGGAGAGCACCACCACUAGUGACUCUGAAGAAAGCGGGGGUUUGAUUUGGUCCCAGUUUGUCCAAACUCUCCCUCUCCAAGCAGUCACAGCUCCGGCUCUUCAUGACAGCCAUGCAAAGACUUUUGUAAAAAUUAAGGCCUCUCAUAAUCUCAAAAAGAAAAUACUUCGUUUUAGGUCUGGUUCUUUAAAACUGAUGACCACAGUUUGAAGCAACUUUUUGGUAUGGAAUGUGUAUGUUCUAGUUACAGAAACAAAGUGGUUCUUGUUUUCUUUUUCCCCUUUGGUGCAGCUUUUUUGGUGCUUUUAUCAACACUUAAAAAACAAACAACCUAAGGUAGAUGAUGUCAUCCUCAUACCAUGUGUGGAUGUGAGUGCCUUUAAGUGGAAAAUAAAGAAUGUCUUAGUAGGAAGAAAUGAAAAGACUACAGUGUUCAUGGUGGUAACAUUGAAUGUUUAGUAUAAGAUGGCUUUAUGUUUUUCAUGUGACUCUUUAACUUGACUUCAUCUAGGAGGGCUUUUUAUCCCAAGGCCAUGUGGAUGGAACUUUAUUAUUUUUGUCUUCCCCAUGGUUGUUUUUUUUUUUUGGGGGGGGGGAAGGACAGAGAGAGAGAAGAAAUGUCUAAACCUAUGAUGAAUUCUAGUGAGGAAGCUCUCUUCUCCCAAUGCAGUUGAGCAACAGUCUUUAACUUAUAGUUCUUGAUAGUAGUUGUCUGGGAGAUGGAAAGAUUUAGUGAUUUGCCUAGGAUCAUACAGAUGGGCUGUGUGAAAGACUUGACUUUUAACCAAUGUCUUCCAAAUUCAGUUCUCCAUAUCCUUACUUCUUCAGGGCAAUGGUCUUGAUGAGAAGUUUCCUGAGGGUUACUCUCGAGUGUGUAAAGGAGUAAAGAAUAAAUUAUUAUUUCAUAUCAUUUUUCUUGCCUAUGUCAUUUGUGACAUUUAUUUCUCAGGCAAUUUCCCCCUUUUCCCCCCGCCUUCUUGUCUGCCCUCUUUUCUUGACUCGGGUCCUUUAGACCAGAAAUAGAUGGAGGAGAAGAGGUAGAAACAUCAAGAUAGGGACAUACAUGAUGAAGAAAGGGAAAAUAUAGGGAUAAAGAAGAGGACCACUUGAAAACUGCAAGACUGAAGCAUUGGGGGGGAAACACGUUUCUAGAGCCAUAGAUUAGGAGUUAGUAUAUGGAUUCCUUCCCUUCUAAUUUCUAUAUCCAACAAUGGUGUCCUGGAAUGAUAUGCCCUUGGGGUUGGGUUUUCUACUAGGAUUCAGUGGUAUAGUUACCACUGAAAUAACCAGCUACUCCCUUGGGAGUGUGAAUCCAAAGCCAUAAUUGGGUCUUAUAUAUGCUUCCAGAAAGUUGCCUCAAUUCAAGAUGUCUAAUCAUCUUGACAGUCUAGGUCCUGAACAUAUUAGUGCAAUCCCUCACAGAGUAAGCCAUAGGUCUCUCUGGGAAGGGUUUAUUUACUAUUUAGUAAACAGUAUUGUGUAAAAUUGCUUUUUAUCAACAUGUAUGUCAUGUGCAAAAGUAGUAUUUGUUUUAAAUAUUCUUAUUGAUGUCAACUUUUCUGUAUAAUAUAAGCAGUAUGUUUUUAUAUCUCAUUGUGUAAAUUAAUACAACACAUUAUAUGUUGUAAUAAAGUUUGUUUUACUUCUA